GCGUAGACGGGGAGGGGGGAGUCUGGGGUUCCGACGUCGCCGCGGAGCGAGCGAGCCCGAACCGGAUCCUUGACGAGCACCCUUGCUCUGCGUUCUCUCUCCGCGUCUGCCAGGAGAGGCCCUGCGGCCUGAGGGAGACCCGCCGCCCGCACCCCGGCGCAAGCGCAGCCCCGCUCUAUCGGGCCCGAGCCCGAGAAACAGUUGGGACCCCUGAUUGCCACAGGAUGGCCCAAUGGAAUCAGCUACAGCAGCUCGAUACACGGUACCUGGAGCAGCUUCAUCAGCUGUAUAGCGACAGCUUCCCGAUGGAGCUGCGGCAGUUUCUGGCUGCUUGGAUCGAGAGUCAGGAUUGGGCAUAUGCGGCCAGCAAGGAAUCACAUGCGACUUUGGUGUUUCAUAAUCUCCUGGGUGAGAUUGACCAGCAAUACAGCCGUUUCCUACAGGAGUCAAAUGUUCUCUAUCAGCACAAUCUGCGGAGAAUCAAGCAGUUCCUUCAGAGCAGAUAUCUGGAGAAGCCAAUGGAAAUUGCCCGAAUCGUGGCCCGAUGCCUGUGGGAAGAGUCCCGCCUGCUCCAGACUGCAGCCACUGCAGCCCAGCAAGGGGGCCAGGCCAACCACCCGACAGCCGCCGUGGUGACAGAGAAGCAGCAGAUGCUAGAGCAGCACCUACAAGAUGUUCGGAAGCGAGUACAGGAUCUAGAACAGAAAAUGAAAGUGGUUGAGAAUCUCCAGGAUGACUUUGAUUUCAACUACAAAACCCUCAAGAGUCAAGGAGACAUGCAGGAUCUGAAUGGAAACAACCAGUCAGUGACCAGGCAGAAGAUGCAGCAGCUGGAGCAGAUGCUCACGGCGCUGGACCAGAUGCGACGGAACAUCGUGAGUGAGUUGGCGGGGCUGUUGUCCGCGAUGGAGUAUGUGCAGAAAACUCUCACGGACGAGGAGCUGGCUGACUGGAAGAGGCGGCAACAGAUCGCGUGCAUUGGAGGCCCUCCCAACAUCUGCCUAGAUCGCCUCGAAAACUGGAUAACCUCAUUAGCGGAAUCUCAACUUCAGACCCGCCAACAAAUUAAGAAACUAGAGGAGUUGCAGCAGAAAGUGUCCUACAAAGGGGAUCCCAUCGUACAGCACCGACCAAUGCUGGAGGAGAGGAUUGUAGAGCUGUUUAGAAACUUAAUGAAAAGUGCCUUCGUGGUUGAGCGGCAGCCGUGUAUGCCCAUGCAUCCUGACCGGCCAUUGGUCAUCAAGACUGGAGUCCAGUUCACUACCAAAGUCAGAUUGCUGGUCAAGUUCCCUGAGUUAAAUUAUCAGCUUAAAAUUAAAGUGUGCAUUGACAAAGACUCCGGGGAUGUUGCAGCUCUCAGAGGGUCCCGGAAGUUUAACAUUCUGGGCACAAACACAAAAGUGAUGAACAUGGAAGAGUCCAACAAUGGCAGCCUGUCUGCAGAAUUCAAACACCUGACCCUGAGAGAGCAAAGAUGUGGUAAUGGGGGCCGAGCCAAUUGUGAUGCCUCCCUGAUUGUCACCGAGGAGCUGCACCUGAUCACCUUUGAGACUGAGGUGUAUCACCAAGGCCUCAAGAUUGACCUUGAGACCCAUUCCUUGCCAGUUGUGGUGAUCUCCAACAUCUGUCAGAUGCCAAACGCCUGGGCAUCAAUCCUGUGGUACAACAUGCUGACCAACAACCCCAAGAACGUGAACUUCUUCACCAAGCCCCCGAUUGGCACCUGGGAUCAAGUGGCCGAGGUGCUGAGCUGGCAGUUCUCCUCCACCACAAAGCGAGGGCUGAGCAUCGAGCAAUUGACGACACUGGCUGAGAAACUCUUAGGACCUGGUGUGAACUAUUCAGGGUGUCAGAUUACAUGGGCUAAAUUUUGCAAAGAAAACAUGGCUGGCAAAGGCUUCUCCUUCUGGGUUUGGCUGGACAAUAUCAUUGACCUUGUGAAAAAGUACAUCCUGGCUCUUUGGAAUGAAGGGUACAUAAUGGGUUUCAUCAGUAAGGAGCGGGAGCGGGCCAUCUUGAGCACCAAGCCCCCAGGCACCUUCCUGCUACGGUUCAGUGAAAGUAGCAAAGAAGGAGGUGUCACCUUCACUUGGGUAGAGAAGGAUAUCAGCGGUAAGACCCAGAUCCAGUCAGUGGAACCAUAUACUAAGCAGCAGCUGAACAACAUGUCGUUUGCUGAAAUCAUCAUGGGCUAUAAGAUCAUGGACGCUACCAAUAUCCUGGUAUCUCCGCUGGUCUAUCUCUACCCCGACAUUCCGAAGGAGGAGGCGUUUGGAAAGUACUGUCGACCAGAGAGCCAGGAGCAUCCCGAAGCUGACCCAGGUAGUGCUGCUCCAUACCUGAAGACCAAGUUUAUCUGUGUGACACCAACGACGUGCAGCAAUACCAUUGACCUGCCGAUGUCCCCCCGCACUUUAGAUUCAUUGAUGCAGUUUGGAAAUAAUGGUGAAGGUGCUGAGCCCUCAGCAGGAGGGCAGUUCGAGUCCCUCACGUUCGACAUGGAGUUGACCUCGGAGUGCGCUACCUCCCCGAUGUGAGGCGCUGCGGGCUGAGGCUGCAGAGAGCAAGGACGGAGGCACCUACCUGUGUUUUACCACCCCUUACAAAGCCAGCCCCAGAUCGUCUGAGACUCCUCUAACUCUGUGCUUCCAGAUUUUAAUCUCCUACUUCUGCUAUCUUUGAGCAAUCUGGGCACUUUUAAAAAUAGAGAAAUGAGUGAAUGUGGGUGAUACGCUUUUACCUAAAUGCAAAUAAGAAUGUGUUCUCUGAGACUGUGACCGGCGGGGAUGUGGAAGGGGUGGCAAGAGGGAGAGAGAGUGGAAAUGUUCUGGUCUUUUCUUGCUGGCCCGGCCCUCCUCUCUCAGCAGCUCGUGUUGUCCUUGGACAAGUGCCUCCUGGUGCCCGCGGAUCCCUCUGCCUGUCUCUGUAAGCUCACGCCACAGGCUGCCUCUAGCUACGUUACUCCCAGCAUUGCACUUUUAACCUUGCUAACAACCAAAUAGAAGAUAGGACUUUCACAGCCCCUAGGUUUCUUUUUAAAUUAAAAAAAAAAAAAUUUAAA